CAGAACUCUGGAGUUUGCAGCUGUUAGAAGUCAAUGUAUAAGGCAGAAACUGCUGAAGGGACGUGUGGUCUGAAAGACUGGGCGGGGCCCAGGAAAUGAUACCAUGGACAUCACAAGAGGGCAAGUGUCAGGAGGAGAGAGAAAACAAUUGGUGAAAGGCUGCAGAGAGGUUUGGCAAGGUCCAGAUAGAAACUACUGAUGUAAGAGACCUUGUCCCCUAGCAACAGAUCACGCCCACGUCUGCCUUGCAGCUCCUUUCGGCUCACCACCGGCCCUCAAAUGAACUAAAGUUGCUUUUGAGUGAAUAAUUGCUACAGCGCGAGCACUGGCAUUGGAAACGAGUGGUGUCUCAGCUACUUAAAACUCCACCAUGAAAAGGAACACUUGUGAUUCGCUUUCUCGGAGCAAAAGUGCCUCUGAGGAAACGUUACAUUCCAGUAAUGAAGAAGAACAUCAUUUCCGGGGAAUGGAGCCCUAUCUCGUAAGGAGACUUUCAUGCCGCAAUAUUCAGCUUCCUCCUCUGGCCUUCAGACAGUUGGAACAAGCUGACUUAAAAAGUGAAUCAGAGAACCUUCCACGGCCAACCAGCCUCCCCCUGAAGAUCCUGCCCCUGAUUGCUAUCACAUCUGCAGACUCAAGUGGGAAGAAAACCUACAUCUCAAGAACACCCACAAUAAGCAUUGGCCCAGCAAGAACUGAAUUGACCGUACUUAAAGAAUGGUUAGGCUGCAAAAUACGAACGAUGAAUGUUUCAACCUUUUCUGGUUUUGUUGUUGUUGUUGUUGUUCUUUUGGGGUUUUAUUUUUGAAUAAAAUUCUCUGGUCUUCUGAAAAAUUAGCUUUACUUUUGCACUUUCACAAGGUCUCUUAGGAAGUAUGUUUGCAGCUUUUUGUGGCAUAUCAACUUGGGGUUUUUAUUCUAGUUUUUUUCAUUAGUCUUUGAUUUUAGGCUUUUUUAUAAUGAGCUACUUUUUUAAUGACAAAGGGAAUGCUCUGUUGGGGUGGCAAAUAAUUACUUCCGUUGUUUCAUUCAAAGGUUACUCACUGUUUUGAUGUCAUAAGUGAUAUUUAUUUAUUUAUUAUUUUUUCAACUUAAAAUCAGACAAAAUCCCAGUGUAGACAUGGGGAAAUGAGUUCUGACCCCACCUAAGGAAUUUUUGGC